AGGCCAGACGAGGUUGCAAGGCUCUCACUUUUUACAACUUUUCUUGCUACCUUUGCAAUGACCCUUCUGAAGUAGUGAAAUGUGCUUAUAACAAGAGACUAAAUUAAAAUGAGGUCUAGGCUAUUAUUACAGACACGCAGUUCUUUACGUUGUGCUGUGAAAUGUAGAUAUGGGGCUUCAUAUUCGGCUUUGAGAUGGUCUUCGACGGAGACGAAGCAAUGGUCUACGCCCCUUGCAAAACAGCUUUCUGAAGCUAUCACUGUAUGAGUUUUCUAUUGGAUCUGAAGCUGGGGGCUUUACUAAUGUGGUUUAGGCUACAGGGCCAAUUCCUCUGGCGUCGUUUAUGCGAAUGUGCUUAACGUCCGAUUUAGGUGGAUAUUAUACCGCGAAACAAGAUGGAAGAGAUCAAUUUGGAAAAAAGGGAGAUUUUAUUACCUCACCCGAAAUAUCGCAAAUUUUUGGGGAACUGGUUGGGAUUUGGUUUGUGGCAGAAUGGAUGGCUCAAGGGAAAAAGAAAAAGGGUGUUGAGUUGAUAGAGAUAGGUCCAGGGAGGGGCACUUUGAUGGAUGAUAUGCUGAGGGUCUCGUUGAGAUAUUCUGGAUGUAGUUUUGAAUAUGCGCUAAUAUAUUGUAUAGACAAUCAAAAAUUUCAAACCAAUGGCUCAGAGUAUAGAAGCUGUGUAUAUGGUAGAAGCAAGCCCUGCUUUGAGAGAUGCGCAGAAACAGCUUUUGUGCGGGGAUGCGCCUAUGAUUCCGACGGAAACGGGAUUCAAGAGUACUAGCAAGUAUGCUAAGAUUCCUGUAUUUUGGACGGAGAAUAUGCGAUCUGUACCAUAUGGUAUGAUCAAGCGGAAAUCGAUAAAGAAAAGAUCUCCUACUAAAACUUUGACAGGCGCGGAGAAAACUCCAUUCAUCGUGGCCCACGAAUUCUUCGAUGCUCUUCCAAUCCACGUCUUCCAAUCCGUGGCUCCAAAUUCUGAUGCUUCGGAGCCUACCACAAUCGAAACGCCUACUGGCACUCAUCCACUUACUCCAUCUACCUCCAAAUCAUCCACCGCCAAAACUCCCCAAUGGCGAGAAAUGGUUGUGUCGCCCUCCCCGCCAAAUUCCGCUGAAACCGAUAUUUCUACCCCGGAAUCCCUUCAAAACCAAUCCUCUCCCCCCGAAUUCCAACUCACGCUUUCCAAAUCCUCCACCCCGCACUCCCUUUAUCUUCCCGAAAUCCUUGACCGCUAUCGAGAUUUAAAAUCUAUACCCGAGUCGUUAAUCGAAAUAUCACCUGAAAGUCACGCUAUCGUCGCUGAUUUCGCAAGCCGAAUCGGUGGUUCGAAGACAUAUCCAAAAACUAAACCUUCGGGCGCUGCUCUUAUUCUAGAUUAUGGACCAAUAAAUACCAUCCCAACUAAUUCUCUCCGGGGAAUCAAAGCACAUCAGCGAGUUUCUCCCUUUAGCGAACCAGGAAUCGUAGAUCUCAGCGCGGAUGUAGAUUUUGUCGCUCUGGCCGAAGCAGCUAUGAAUGCGAGUGAAGGGGUGGAAAUCCAUGGGCCUAUGGAACAAGGUGAAUGGUUGUGCAGUAUGGGGAUUAAAGAACGUGCAGAGAUGCUGAUUAAAGGCUUGAAGGGGGAAGAUGACGAGGCGAAGAAGAGGAUUGAGGGAGCUUGGAAGAGAUUGGUUGAUAUGGGGGAGAAUGGUAUGGGAAAGGUUUAUAAGGUUAUGGUUAUGAUGCCGGAGAAUGAAGGGAGAAGACCACCGCUCGGAUUUGGUGGUAGCGUGGUGCGUUAGUUUGUCAUUGUUGAGGUAUAUCUCCUUGGUUUAAUUAUACCCUCGAUUGAGGGGUAGGAAUUCGCACUAUAUGAUCUAUCAUAGUUGUACAUUAUAUAUACCCACCAAUAGAGUAGCAGUACUUGCAGGUACGACCACUUCCAACGUUCUCUCUCCAUUGCUUACUGAGAACAGUGAUUCUCUACACCUUUUUCUACUUCUUUUCUAACCGCA